ACACGCGCAUACGCCUGAAUAGCAGUCAUCUCGCCAGUUCCGUAUACCAGAAUUAUUCACGCACCCCUACACGUCAAGAGAAGCGCCCACAAUGACAGAGCCCGCUCCUGUCCCCGCAAUCUCUCCUCCACCGAACCCACCUACAGACCGACCACUCCACACACUUCCACCGCCCUUCUCACAAGAUGCGCUUACACCGAUAACCCAAGGCGCCGAAGCACUUGUUUAUAAAACCAGCUUCCUCACACCCUCAACGCCCGCUGUCGUAAAAUACCGCCCACCCAAGCCGUACCGACAUCCCAACCUCGACAAGCGCCUCACAAAGUCGCGCCUUCUUGCCGAAGCUAGGAGCUUAGUACGCGUGAAGCGUGAAGGUGUGAAUGUGCCUGGUGUGCUAGGUUGCGACGCCGAUGCUGGGUGGCUGGUGCUGGAGUACGUGAAUGGGCGGACGAUACGGAGAGUCCUGGAUUCGUGGGCUGAGGAGGCCAAGGAGCAAGAGAAGCGGGUGUUUACUGAGGGCGGCGAUGUGCGACAACUAGCGCGUGCGGGAGGGGUUGAGAAGGAUGAGAUUAUGGACUUGAUGGGAAGGGUAGGAAGGGAAGUUGGCAAGCUGCACGAGCUGGGAGUCUGUCAUGGGGAUCUCACAACGAGCAAUCUGAUGUUGAGAGUCCCAGAUGAAGAAAAGAGUGAAAGCACGAGACCGGCAGGGAGGAUGACAACGAGUGCUAUGCGCGAGGCGGCGAUGAACGGAGAGGAGCCUCCGCCGCUGGAGAUACCUCAGGAAGAGCCUACAGCCCCCGCGCACCAGUCGCUGGCUGGCGAGAUCUACCUCAUCGACUUUGGUCUGACAUCUUCGACGAUCCAAGAUGAGGACCGUGCAGUUGACCUGUACGUUCUCGAACGCGCCUUUUCGGCCACGCAUCCUGCUGCCGAACCUCUGUUCCACGAAGUACUGGAGGAAUACGGCAAGAGCUACAAGGGCGCUAAAAGCGUAUUGAAGAGGCUGGAAGGUGUGAGGUUGAGGGGUCGCAAGAGGAACCCUGGAGCAUUCAGUGAUGAUGAGUACGAGGAUGAGGUAGAGUCGUCUGUAUUGUCACCGGCAUCUGAUGCAUCGGUGCUCUCUGGUGCGCGAAAAGGCAAGGUGUUGAAUCCUGGAGCUCGAAGCUUCGUACCUGCAAAACACUUCAUCCACGACCCAACCCACCUCGUCAAGACCGCACUCCUUUCGAUCCCCCGCACGAAUCCCUCUGUCCGGUGCGACAUCGAAAAUAAGAUCAUAUACACCAAAAAUGCCAAAUCGCAGGUCUCCAUUGUCUCCGGCGGCGGCUCCGGCCACGAACCCUCCUUCUCAUCCUUUGUCGGUCCCGGCCUUCUCUCCGGCGCUGUGGCCGGCACAAUCUUCGCCUCGCCCUCCGCCGAACAAGUGCGCCGAUGCAUUCUGCACCGCGUGAGUAAGGAGAAAGGUGUAUUGGUUGUGGUGAUGAACUAUACGGGGGACGUGCUGAAUUUUGGAAUGGCAGUUGAGAAGGCCAGGGCCGCAGGGAUAGAAGUCGAUAUGGUUGUUGUGGGGGAUGAUGCUGGCGUGGGGAGGGCGAAGGGUGGGAAGGUGGGGAGGAGGGGGAUUGCGGGGACGGUGCUUGUGCAGAAAGUUGCUGGUGCGUUGGCAGCGAGAGGGGCGAGUUUGAAGGAUGUUACCAGGGUCGCGCAGGUUGUUGCUGAUAACACUGUCUCGAUUGGGAGUUCGUUAUCGCACGUCCAUGUUCCCGGGCGCAGGGAGCCUGAGGAUGACGAGCUGAAAGAGGGUGAGGUUGAAAUUGGCAUGGGUAUCCAUAACGAGGCUGGGUCUGAGCGGAAGUCGACUGAUCUGCCAGGGCUGGUAAAGACGAUGCUGGAGCAUUGCUUGAACACCGCAGAUCACGACCGCAGCUUCUCUAGCAUCAACGAGAAAGACGAGGUCGUGCUCCUAGUCAACAAUCUCGGUGGUGUGAGCCCACUGGAACUGGGAGGUAUCACGAACGAAGUUGUCGAGCAGCUGGAGGGUAGCUUUAAGAUCAAGCCCGUCAGGAUACUAUCAGGAACGUUCAUGACGAGUCUGAACGGUCUGGGAUUCAGCAUCAGUUUACUAAAGGUAUCUGAUAUGCAUCUCGGCGGUGGUCCUUCGCUCCUAGAGUUGCUAGAUGCACCUGCUGAGGCGAGUGGCUGGUCUGCAGCCAUUAGCAGCGGCACCUGGCAAAAGCGAGGACAGGCAGCAGAAGAGGAAAAGCAAACAGAUGCUGAGGAGAUCCAGCCAAGCACUUUGAGGGUUGACCCUAAACAAGCUCAGUCAGCAUUGAAGACUGCACUAGAAAGACUCAUCUCGGUUGAGCCGGACGUCACAAAGUAUGACACAAUAGUUGGCGACGGAGAUUGCGGCAUUGGCUUGAAGCGUGGCGCGGAGUCGAUUCUCAAGAUGCUGGAAACAGCAAAGAGCACCGACGAUGUCCUGCUCCUCCUCAACAACAUCAUCCAGGUGGUCGAGGUGUCCAUGGACGGAACUUCUGGUGCCAUUUAUGCCAUCUUUUUGAAUGCGCUCGCCCACGGACUGCGACAAAAUGCGCCCUCGUCCCCGGGACCAGUCACUCCCGAGAUCUGGGCCAAAGCCCUUGAUUCAUCCCUCAAAGCGCUUGGCAAAUACACACCUGCUCAGCCCGGAGAUCGAACAUUGAUCGACGCGUUACAUCCUUUUGUCCAAACGUUGUCGAGGACUGGAAGUAUCGACGAGGCUGCUGCAGCCGCACAGACGGGCGCGCAGGGUACGAAGGGCAUGAAAGCGAGCUUAGGCAGAACCGUGUACGUUGGAGGCCAAGGGUUCCAGGAGGUUCCAGAUCCUGGUGCUCAUGGUCUCGCUGAACUACUGUUGGGCCUGAGUGAGGGACUGAAGAAGUGAAGGUGGAGGGUAUCGCUUGAUUGAUUCGUUCGGUGGUGCUCGCUGGCGGUGCGAUCGAUAUGUAACUUUCAAUGCAUUCCAAACUCCAAG